AUAACUACUACUACUACUAUUAUUACUAGAUCUAUUACUCUAUACUACUAGAAUCUAGAACUUCUAGUUAUCUCUCUUAUCUCUACAUUAAUUAUGAAUAUGAAAUAUGAUGAUAUAUUCAUAUAAUGAUAUAAUUUAUUAUAAUGAUAAUAUACGAGCGGCGAACCUGCUAAAAUUUACCCUCUGAAGAACUACUUCUAGUUUCUAGAUCUAUCAUCAAAAUAAAAAGUCACCCCACUGGCCUGUUAUGUUAGCAUUCGGCUUUCGCUGCACUAUUAGCAUUAGGAAAUUCAUUUUUCCUGUUCUAAAACAGGCACAGCGGUAUUCAUCUUUUAUUUUUCUAAGAACUGCUGUAAUGGCCAAUGUGGCUCAUGUGUAUGAGAGUAAUCAUAUAGUCAAGUCUGCUUCCGAUCCCAGACAGUAUAGAGGGCUGGAAUUGAAAAAUGGCAUGAAAAUUCUCUUGAUAUCCGAUCCAGAGACAGACAAGUCUUCAGCUGCAAUGGAUGUUCACAUUGGUCAUUUAAAAGAUCCAAGUGACCUUCCUGGCUUAGCUCAUUUCUGUGAACAUAUGCUUUUUUUAGGAACAGAAAAGUAUCCCGAGGAAAAUGAAUAUAAUAAGUUCCUUAAUGAGCAUGGAGGAGCAUCAAAUGCAUUUACAACUUUAGAGCAUACAAACUACUAUUUUGACAUUUCACCAGAUCAUCUAGCUGGAGCAUUAGAUAGAUUUGCACAGUUCUUUACAAGUCCAUUAUUUACACCAUCUGCCACCAGUAGAGAAGUGAAUGCAGUGGACAGUGAAAAUAGUCGAAAUCUACAGAGUGAUCCAUGGAGAUUGUUUCAGUUAGAGAAAUCAUUGGCUAGACCUGAACAUGACUUUAGUAAAUUUGGAACAGGAAAUAAAGAAACACUUGAGACUAUACCUAAAUCUAAAGGCAUUGAUAUAAGAGAUGAACUUCUCAAGUUUCAUUCACAAUAUUAUUCAUCGAAUGUCAUGGGUCUGUGUGUGCUUGGUAAAGAAUCCCUUGACGACCUUCAAAAAUUGGUGGUUCCACUCUUUGAACAUGUUGUGAAUAAAAAAGUGCAAAUACCAAGAUGGGAUAAUCCUCCAUACACACAGAAUGAGUUACAGUGUAUUGUGUAUGCUGUCCCAGUCAAAGACAUCAGAGAGUUAUCUGUUUUGUGGCCGACUCCUGAUGUCAGUGAAUUUUAUAGGGCUAAUCCUGGACAUUACCUUGGCCAUCUGCUUGGUCAUGAAGGUGCAGGAAGUCUUUUGUCAGAGUUAAAAGCAAGAGGAUGGGCUAAUACUUUAGUUGGUGGACAAAGAGCUGGAGCUAAAGGCUUUUCUUUCUUUUCUGUUGCUGUAGAUCUAUCCGAAGAAGGUCAAGCCCACAUUGAUGAUAUCAUUGUUCUGAUCUAUCAAUAUAUCAAUAUGUUAAGAAAAGAACAGCCUAAACAAUGGAUUUUUCAAGAAUGCCAGGACCUGGCUGCUAUGUCAUUUCGUUUUAAAGAUAAAGAAACUCCAAAGGCAUACACAAGUAGCAUUUCAAGUAAAUUACAUGAGUUUCCAAUGAAAGAUGUCCUCAGUGCAUAUUCUUUGUUUGAUGAAUUCAAGCCUCAACUUAUUAACUUGAUAUUAGAUCAACUUGUGCCAGAGAAUAUGAGAAUCUCUGUUGUAUCCAAAAAAUUUGAAGAUGUAGCAGAUCAAACAGAGAAGUGGUAUGGGACACAGUACAAAGUGGACAAGUUUACACCCAAACAGCUUAAGAAAUGGUCCACCUAUAAACUUCAUGAGAAACUAGCACUGCCAGAGAAAAAUGAAUUCAUUCCAACCAACUUUGAACUUGUUCCUACAGAUCAUCAGCCAAGUGAAGUACCAGAAAUAGUGAAGACUACGCCCUAUUCUUUGUUGUGGUAUAAACAAGACAAUAAGUUUUUGAAACCCAAAGCUUGUGUAAAUAUUGACUUUAUUAGCCCAGUUGCUUAUAUGGAUCCACUACAUACAAAUCUCAAUGCCUUAUUUACACAGCUCUUUGAUGAUGCUCUGACAGAAUAUUCCUACAUGGCUGAGAUAGCUGGACUAAAGUAUAGUCUGAAUAACUCUAUAUAUGGAUUGACGCUUACUGUUAGGGGUUAUAAUGACAAAUUGCCCAUACUAUUAGAGAAAAUAGUUAAAAAGAUGGCAACUUUCAAAGUGGAUCCAAGCAGGCUAGCAAUCUUCAAAGAAAUACAUGGAAGAAACAUCAAAAAUUUUCAGGCAGAACAACCUCAUCAACAUGCUGUAUAUUACACAAAUAUGCUAACAUCUGAGACUCACUGGAGCAAAGAUGAAUUGCUGCAAACUCUAGAUGAUGUGACGCCUGAAAAUCAACAGAACUUCAUUAAUAAAGUUUUAGAAAGACUUUAUAUAGAAGCCCUUGUCUAUGGAAAUGUAACUAAAUCGCAAUCACUCCAAAUGAUUGAAAAUUUGGAAAAUAUUCUGGUGGAACAUUGUAAAACCAAACCUUUGUUAGCUAGUCAGCACAGAAAACUUCGAGAGGUUCAGCUUCCUGAUGGCUGUUACUAUGUUCACCAAGAGAAGAACCUUGUCCAUGAAAGUUCCAGCAUAGAAGUGUAUUACCAGUGUGGCCCGCAGACCACUGAAAGUAAUAUGUUGUUAGAAUUACUUUGCCAGGUUAUGAGUGAACCUUGCUUUGAUACACUGCGAACCAAGGAGCAGCUGGGCUACAUUGUAUUUAGUGGUGUUAGAAGAUCCAAGGGUGUCCAAGGUUUACGAAUUAUUGUUCAGUCUAAUAAAGCUCCUCAGUAUGUCGAAGGCAGGAUUGAAGCCUUUAUUAUGAAAUUUGAGGCUAUGUUAGAGAACAUGAGUGAAGUGGAGUUUAACAAACAUGUUAUGGCCUUGUCAACCAAACGUCUAGAGAAACCCAAGAAAUUAUUGCAACAAAACAUGAAGUAUUGGUCAGAGAUUAUCUCCAAUUAUUACAACUUUGACAGAGAUCAGAUAGAAGUGGCUUAUUUGCAGAAACUGAAAAAAGAUGACUUGUUGGCAUUUUAUAAGGAAAAAAUUGCAUUUGAUGCUCCUCGUCGUCACAAGCUGUCAGUUCAUGUUCUGUCUGGUGUUUCCAUGAACAAUGAACAAAGCAUCAGAGAUAGUGAGACUGGUGCUGUUGAAUUAACUACAGGGACUGAUGGCUUUGAACCAUCACCAAGUUUGCCAUUGCCCCAGGUUAUAACAGAUAUAAUGGAGUUCAAGCGAGACCUUGGCUUGUAUCCACUGCCCAAACCAUUCAUUGAUCUUACUCAGACCAAAGCUAAAUUGUAGAAAAUUUAAAUAUGUUUUAUAUUUAUAUAUUUUUUUUUAAGCAUUUAAGAAUUUUGUUUCUUUUUGCUAUCAAAAUAUUGUGUUUUCAUGAACUACCAAUGUUAGUGAAUAUAAUUGCAUAAUUUUGUUGAAUACCAUUGUAAAAAAAUAUAUUAUAAUAAUGUUGAACAGUGUGGCAUUGAAAAGAUUGAUUCAUAGGAGUUGUAUAGUAUAAAAUAUUUUGAGGUAUAUACAUGUAUUGUCAGAGCUACAGUUAGUACUGUAGUUUAAAUUAUUUUUUUAUUACUUAUUGAAAGAAUGAUGAUAGUUGUAAUGUGAUUUCAUUUUAACUAUAUUUUAGUAAAGCACUGUUUCCAGAAUUGUAGUUUUCAUCAAUAAAAUUAAAUAAUCGGAUGGAUGCCUGGUCGUUCGGAUUUAUCGACGGUCGAGGGUUCAAACCCUGCCCGCUCCCAUCCCCCGUUGUCCUGCGGGAGGUUUGGACUAGGAAGUAAACUAUCUUCAACCCUGAAGGAACAUCCGAAACAUGUAAAACAUUUUACAAACAUUUUUACAAUUACUCUCAUGGGUUGGCAUUUAAACAAUUAAAUGCUGAAUUAUCUUUUUGUCUAAAAAUAUUUCCUUUCAUGCACAAAGUAAAGUAAAAUCUUUAGAAUAGAAUACAUUUUUUUAAAUUUGUUCAAAGUGUAAUUAGGAUAAAUUCAAGUUGUCAUUUUGUAAAAUGAAUUCACAAUUUUAACUCCCUUGUUCUAAGAGUUAGAAAUUUUGUUGUACAACUCCCAGACUUCAUAGCUCAUGUCCUUGAUAGGCUAGAUACUAGAAGUAAAUGACGAAGCAAUAUCAAUGUAUGUAACACCAUUUUUUUUUUAAAUGCAGAGAAUGAUAACACAUAAUCAGGUAAUUUGAGUGGCCAUCUAUAUAAAUAAAACCUAUUCACUCCAUUUUUUCUUCUUGCAAGGGAAUGUUAUCUUGAUGGAUUCUUUUAAUGGGCAAUACUUAUUUUUUCAUGUAUUGUUUUAAUUAGGUAAGGGUGAAAAUUAUAUUUCUCUGUAGUAACUAAAUGUUUAAAACCCAACUUUAUUUUCUCAUUUUAAUUAUUUGUUGAUAAACCAGGAGGUUGAUUCUCAAUGUUUUGAAAUAUUCAUUGAAUAGAGAGUGUCAUAUGCAGCAGAACAUAUAAAAAAGUUUUCUUUGAAGAACUGGCCUUCAAUCGAAAGAAGCAAUUUUUGCAUUGUUGAUAAAUUUGAUUUUAAUGCAGUGGAACCACAUUAUAAUUGCUACAAAAGGUUUAACUUAUUUACAUCCUUGAUUGACAUAAUAAAAAGAAUCUACAUCUUUA